GAAAUUCUGGCAGCCAAUCCGCGUUGAAUCAUAAUUUGUGGCUUCGCAAUUUCUGUUACAAUUCCCUUAGCCCUACACACCAUUGUCCUCUUCUUCUCCAAAUUCCCCUUCCAUCUCACAAACGCAUUCCUCUGUACUUCGUAUUUUCGCUUCGACAGUUUCCCGCCAGGUUUCAAUUGUGAAUCGUUAUUUUAUGGAGACAUUUUAUUCUUCUCAACGAGAGACCGUUCUUUUAGGUUAUAAUAAUCAUAAUAAUAAUAGUUAUCAGAAUGGUAAUAAUUCCUUGAUUCGGAGGUCGUCGUCCAGCAAUUCGAACUUGGAGGUUGAUUUCAACGACGUCUUUGGGGGGCCGCCGCGGCGGUCGUCGUUAAACGAAGCGCGGCAGAGUCUGACCGAGUUGAACGGUUGGAGCGAAGAGGAAGGGGAAAAAGGUUGGUGUAGGUGGCCGCCGGAGCGGGAGAAACCGGUGUUUGGAGAGGAUAUUGGAAACCGGAGGCGUCACGCGAACAAGAACAAUGACUUCUUCGAUGACAUAUUCGGAGGUGAGGAGUCCGGGAGUGUGUGUUCUACGCCAAAAAGACGCGUUGCGGACCCUUUCACGUUCUCUCGAGUGUCCAGUCCUCUGCCUCCGGCGGCCGAUCCCGUUGCUGCCUCUCUUCCUCUACCAUUCAGCCUUCCGGCCAAAUUGACAAAUGGGGUGGAUCUUCCAACAUUUGGUUCCCCCAUGAGGACGAAGAACAUCAACGAUGGAAUUGCUGCUUCAAAUGGACUAGGCCUUCCAGAUUCUUAUUCAUCCAGAUUUUCAAUCCAGCGAAAGGAGUUGAAAAAGGAUUUAAAACCUUACCGACAAAGUCUUCUAUCACAAGAGUUUUCAAAUUCGAGUCCAUCUGAUAAAGCAGACAAAGCAAGCAUCAUGAAACAAGACAUAUCUAUUAGCGAAGUUUCGCCUAGUGCUAGUAAUGGUCAAUUCCAUUUCUCAAUAUACAAAUGGGCAAGUAAAGGUGUGCCGAUGGUGAUGUCUCUUAGGACAGAAAGAGCCUCAAAGGCUAAGGAUAAGGUUAAACUUGAGAGAUGCUCAAGUACUAAAGAGUGGGUUGUCAGUGAAAUUACCACACAAAAGUCUAUGCCAUACAAUGGUUCCUCUGUGAUGAAUAAUGGAAAAGAUGCAUCUACUACUUCCACAGCCACUGAAAAUGGAGCAGAUUCAAACCAGACUGUAGAACAAAUAGUUUCCGCCAAGGCUCAAUCACGUGCAUCAUGCGGCCCUCAAACGGUUACCAUAGAUGUUCCCGCCAGUUCUAUCCCGCGGGACGACGCUAGAGCAGUAGAAUCAAGUACUCAUUCUGCAGGCGAGAACGGCUUCUCCGGAAAAACUGAGACAGCAAGGGAUACUCAGAAGCUUGAGUCUAAACCUUUACAGUUUCUGUUCAAAGAAAGUGAUAAGAAACAAGAUAAUAAUCAGAUGAUUAGGGAUAAAGAAGAAAACAGGAUGAAAAGCACAAAAAAAUUGUCUGCUGUUUUUGAUGUUACUGUGAAUCCCAUGAAACAAGAAGAAAAGAAAGUUUCCGUGAUAGAUGUAGGACAUGACAAAGCCACUUCCCAGGGUUCAGUAAGCUUAGGUGAAAAUAUGGGGAAAGGCCUAGUUAAAGGAAAGGUCAAAGAAUUCGCUCGAAUUUUCAACCAAGAAACUGCUGCAAAACCAAAAGUUGACACCAAAUCUCGACCUCAGGGUUCUACACACAAGCAGAGAGAUGCUUUAAGGAAAAAAAAUAAAGUAGAACGUGGUCCUGAACAAUCCAAGGAGGAAAACUCUUCCAUAGAGACCACCAACAUAUCUGCUGACAAUUUGUCUCAUCAAGAGGAUAUAUCAGAACCAGCAGCAAUUCCUGAUGUAUCAUUUACUGUUAUUGGAGAUACAGACGAGUCCUUCCACGGGAGUUUCAUGAUCCAAGUAUUAGCCCAAGAAGAGAGCGAGGACUUACAAAAUCAAGAAAUCCAAAUGAUUGACAAGAAGAUAAAAGAAUGGUCUAAAGGGAAGGAAGAAAACAUACGAUCCCUGCUAUCGACAUUACAACAUGUACUGUGGGCGGAGUGUGGAUGGAAGUCUGUGCCUCUUGUUGAUAUAAUUGAAGGGAACGCGGUUAAAAGAUCUUAUCAAAGAGCUUUACUCUGCCUGCAUCCCGAUAAGUUGCAGCAAAAGGGUGCUUCUUCUGACCAGAAAUAUAUCGCAGAAAAAGUUUUUGAUAUUUUACAGGAGGCAUGGACUCAAUUCAAUAUGCUCGGUGCACUCUAAUUUUGUCAAUGCCUUUAUUGAUACCUAGUGCGAAGCUUCCCUCCAUAGACUUUCAAUAAGGCGGAAGAUCUUGUUCUUAUCGCAAGAGCAAGUGUUACUUUAUAUACUAUACCUGUAACUAAUUUCGUAGCAAUUGUAAUGUAUUGGGUUUCAAAUAUGUAAUUUUCCUGUCUGGUAUGCAUACACGAUAGUUUAUUUCUCUUGUAUAUCUACUGCACAUAGAGAGGUCACUGACCCGAAGGUACAGUUAGCGUAUCAGUUUCACUUUUCUGUUUCAUCGGGAAUUCUUUUCAACAUAAUAUUAGUUUCCCACGAUUUGCUGCAA